GGAAAGCGGCUACGGCCAAAUACCUCCAGCGAGUGAGGCAAGUCCUAAGAAGCCAGCUCAAUGGCAAGAAUAAGACCCGGGCAACAGCUAUGCCCUGCCAGUUAUCAGAUACCCUGCAGGAAUAAUAAGGUGGCCAAAGGAAGAGAUUCAGACCACGGACGUUAAGACCCGAAAGCUCCUAACCAUGCAUGGAGGGUUCCAUCCCAAAUCCAGCACCCUGAGACUGUACGCAAGCCGAAAGGAAGGAGGCCGGGGACUAGUGAGUGUGAGAGCCACUGUCCAGGAUGAAACAUCCAAGCUCCAUGAAUACAUCAAGGAGAAGGCUCCAACGGAUGACGUACUCAGAGAAUGUCUCAGACAAUGGGGAACAGAAGAUGAGGCGCUGGCAGAGGGACCAUCAUGGGAGGACAAGCCCCUACACGGGAUGUACCACCGGACCAUAACUGAAGUGGCUGAUCUCAAGAAGUCCUAUCAGUGGCCAGAGAGGGCUGGCCUGAAGGACAGCACAGAGGCACUCAUCCUGGCUGCUCAGGAGCAGGCCCUGAGCACCAGAGCCAUUGAGGCCCAGAUAUGCCACACCAGACGAGACCCAAGGUGUAGGUUGUGCAAAGAGGCACCUGAGACGAUCCAUCACAUAACUGCAGGGUUUAAGAUGCUGGCAGGGAAAGCCUACAUGGAACGCCAUAAACCGGUGGCUGGAAUAGUCUACGGAAACAUCUGUGCGGAGUAUGGACUGGAAACCCCAAGGUCAAAAUGGGAAACACCUCCAAAAGGUGGUAGAGAAUGACCGAGCGAAGAUCCUGU